AUGCGUGGGUUUCAGAGCAUGAGGGGGGCGCGGGAGAAAGAAAUGAGAAAAUUCGACGGUCAAUUCGAUAUAAUAAGGCUAUCUGAUGGCUUCCCUACAGUAAAGAAGCCAUUGCUUAUUAAUAACUCAAUAACCGGCACUUGCUCUGGGUUUUUUGGCCUUCUUCUUCUCUGCUGUGGUUUGUUGAGGUGGAAUGAAGUGAAAUAUAGGAAGAAGGGUCUUCCUCCAGGAACAAUGGGGUGGCCUCUGUUUGGGGAGACCACUGAGUUUCUCAAGCAAGGACCAGAUUUCAUGAAGAAACAGAGAGAAAGGUAUGGAAACUUGUUCAAAUCACAUAUACUUGGAUGUCCGACUGUAGUCUGCAUGGAUCUGGAGAUCAACAGAUACAUCCUAAUGAAUGAAAGCAAAGGACUUGUACCUGGAUACCCAAAAUCUAUGCUGGAUAUUUUAGGGGAAUGUAACAUUGCUGCUGUUACUGGUCCUCUUCACAAGUCUAUGAGGAAUGCCAUGCUUGGUCUCAUCAAUCCUUCCAUGCUGAGAGAACACCUUCUUCCUAUAAUUGAUGAAUUCAUGAGGUCACAUCUUAGUAAUUGGAAUGAUAAAGUUAUUGAUAUCCAGGAGAAAACAAAAGAGGUUGGUGAAGUUGUUUUUGAGACAUUAAGAUUGGCCACAGUUAGUAAUGGUGUUUUGAGAAAAACAACUCAAGAUAUAGAAAUAAAAGGAUUUGUAAUUCCAAAAGGAUGGAGAAUAUAUGUUUACACCAGAGAGAUCAACUAUGAUCCACACUUGUAUCACGAGCCGUUGGUCUUCAAUCCAUGGAGAUGGAUGGACAAAAGCCUAGAUUCUCACCAGUAUUUCAUGCUGUUUGGGGGAGGCAGUAGACUGUGCCCUGGGAAGGAGUUGGGAACAGUUGAGAUUGCUACAUUCCUUCACUAUUUUGUCACCAGAUACAGAUGGGAGGAAGUUGGAGUAGCAACAAUGCAUAAAUUUCCAAGAGUGGAAGCACCGAAUGGAUUACAUAUUCGUGUUAAGAGUUACCAAGCUUAGUAGUUCAGCAUCAUAUAUACCGAUAGAUAGAUGUAAUUUCACUAACACAUCUUGAUUGGAAUAUUUGUAUUUUUUUUGUUUGUUUUUUGUGGUUCUUUUUGAGGAGGUGGUGUUCAUUGUAAGGCUUGUAAAGCUGGUUUUCAGAUAAGAAGAGGAAGUCAUAUAUAUAUUACAUGUUUACUGACAAGCAA